GCGCACAGUUUCAUCGUCGCCAUGUUGGUCUGUUCGUGCUGCAUUCCGCUCGAGGAAGUUAAGACAUUUUUAGAAAGUUAUAUUGUUUAUUCGUCAUGUUCCGUCAUUCAGAUUACCAAUGAUAGUUUCAAUUGGUAACAUAUUUUCUUAAAGGACGACAUACACGACGUUGUACUUUAAAUAGCGGAAGUUCCUUAUUCAAUUGUAACAUGUUCACAAAUAUACAUUGUUUGGAUGUAUUUUAUUGGAAUGAUGCUGUGAUAAUUAGUAUUUCAGACCUUCCUUUUCAGUACGUCGGCCUGCGAGUUCAGUUGCGUUGUGAAGUUGACGCAAGCAGGUUUUUACAGACACGGUGCUCGUUUAUCCCACGAUUUUGAAAGCGGCCUCGGCCUUCGUAGGCGGGGCCUGCCGCGGGAUACAGUCACGUGAUCCGGCCCCCCGUGCCAGGCUGACCAAUUCCAAUAUGGUGGCCAGCUUGGCAGGUCCACGGUUCUUGUUGCUGAUAUUGUUGUUGUCGUGCGGGAUCAGCUCGGGCUCCUGCGGCCAGGGAGCCCCGCUCGUCCUGGGCCUGCGCCUGGAGGAGCCGGCGGCGGCGGCGGCCCGGGUGUACAUGAAGAACCGGAUCAUCUCGGCGCCGCGAGGAGCCACGUUCAAGCUGCGUCUCUUCGGCUCCGACCUCGAUCCGCGGACGCCGUCGCCGUGGCUGGCUUUCGCGGGGGCACCGGCGGGCGCUGCCGGGGCGGUGGGCGACGGCACGGACCCGUGCGUGGACGAGUCCAACCGGAGGGAGUCCGCUUUUCGGAUCAAGGAGCCGUUCAUCCCGGAUGAGGAGCACAGCGGGCUGCUGACGGUGGAAGUCCCGCGGGGGAGCGAGGCGGCGGGCGGCGAGCGGACUCUCCAUCAUCUGUGCGUGCUGGCGGGGGAAGAGUGGACCUCGGUGGUCCCGGACAAACUGCGCAUCGCCUCGGACAAGGACCUGCCCGCGGACCACAUCCCGGCGUGGGGCCUGGCUCUGCUCAUCCCGCUGCUGCUGCUCCUCUGCGGGCUGCUGAGGACCGUCAACCUCAGCCUCCUCUGGCUGGACCCCGUGGAGCUUUACGUGCUCCACAGCUGCGGCUCUGAGGAGGAGAAGCGGGCCGCCAAGCGCCUGGAGCCCAUCAGGAGGAGAGGGAACUUUCUGGCCUGCUCCCUCCUCUUCCUGUGCGUCCUGGGCCACUCCGUUCUGGGAGUGCUCCUCUACCGGGCCCUGGGCUCCAUCGCGUCGGCCGUCUUCACCAGCGCCCUCCUGGUCUUCUUCCUGGCCGAGCUGCUGCCGCACAUCCUGUGCUCCGGCUACGGCUUCCAGAUGGCGCCGGGCCUCACCUGGCUGGCCCAGGUGUGCAUGGUCCUCACCUGCCCAUUGUCCUGCCCCCUGGGGCUGGUCCUGGACCUGGCGCUGCGGCGGGACAUCAGCACCUGCGGCAUCAGGGAGAGGGCCAUGGAGAUGAUCCGCACCAGCGUCAACGACCCGUACAGCGAGUUUGUGAAAGAGGAGUUCAGCCGCGGGACUCUGCGCAGCAAGACUGUGGAGGACAUCUUGACCCCCCUGAAGGACUGCUUCAUGCUGCCCAGCUCCACCCUGCUGGACUUCUCCACCAUGUCGGACAUCAUGCAGAGCGGGUACACGCGGGUGCCCAUCUAUGACGAGGAGAGGUCCAACAUCGUGGAGAUCCUCUACGUCAAGGACCUGGCCCUGGUGGACCCAGACGACUGCACCCCCAUGACCACCAUCACCAAGUUCUACAAUCACCCGCUGCACUUUGUCUUCAACGACACCAAGCUGGACGCCAUGUUGGAGGAGUUCAAGAAAGGCAACAGUCACAUGGCCAUCGUCCAGAAGGUCAACAACGAGGGGGAGGGGGACCCCUUCUACGAGGUUCUGGGCCUGGUCACCUUGGAGGACGUCAUUGAGGAGAUCAUCAAGUCGGAGAUCUUGGACGAGUCGGACGGUUACCGUAAGUCCUCUUUUGCUUCCUGGCCUCGCCAGGGGUCGCUCACGCCGGCUGUGUCCCGCGCCACAGUGGACAGGAAGUUGAAGCGUCCUCUGGUGCCCAUGGACAUCCCCCUGGAGCCUCGCGGGGCCCCCGAGGAGUUCUCCCUCUUCAAGCCCCCCGAGGGAGAACCCAAGAUCCGAACAUCGCCGCAGCUCCUGCUGGCCACUCAUCGCUUCCUGUCCAGAGAGGUGGAGCACUUCAGCCCGGCGCGCGUGUCGGAGAAGGUCCUCUUCCAUCUGCUGCGCCACCCCAGCGUCAACCAGGAGGUGCACUUUGACCCCGGCGACCGCCUGAGCCCCGCCCACUACCUGUACACGCGCAACCACCCGGUGGACUACUUCAUCCUGCUGCUGCAGGGUCGCGUGGAGGUGGAGAUCGGCAAGGAGGGGCUGAAGUUUGACAACGGCGCGUUCACGUACUACGGCGUGUCCGCCCUGACACUGCCCUCCUCAGUGCACCAAUCUCCAGUGUCCACUCAGCAUCAGUCCCCCAGAGAUCCUUUUGACUCCUCGGAGGCGACCAGCCCGUCUAGUUACUGUCCGGACUACACCGUCAGAGCACUCACAGACCUGCAGCUCAUUCGGGUGACACGCCUCCAGUACCUCAACGCCUUAAUGGCGUCGCGGGCCGGUCCCGGUCCAGACCCUCCUGAGAUCAAAAUCCUCCCCAACAGUCACACCAAACUGCUGAACGACAAGAACGCUGCCGCGCAAGAUGCUUUUCUCUUCUUUUCCGCCAUGUCUUCUCCAGACUUCAGCUUCUCUUUCUUUGACACCAUUGACAACUACUGUUAGUGCGUCUGUGCACAAGGCGGCGGCGGCGGCGUGCUGGAGAGCUCCACAGAAGAAGAAGAAGCUCAAGCGUAGUCACUUCUCUCCAUUCCUUCUUGACAUCAUUCGAGUUAUCAUUAUUAUUAUUGUUAUUAUUAUUAUUAUUGUUUUUGUUGUUUAAGAACACUAUGUUUAGGCUUUAUUUGUUUAGAUUUCAUCUGGGCGGUGCCUUUUUUCCACUUAAGCAUUGCCAUUGGUGACAGUUGUUGUGCCAAAGUGUGUGUGCGUAUGUGUGCGUGUGUGUUCUUGUAUUCAUACCCUUCUUGAGACACCAAGAAGGAAAAGUAUCUUCCAUAUGAGGAGGUUUCCCAAUAAGAUUGCAUCUAAUAGACAAUGUCUUAUUUGCACCACUGCCAGUCAAAAUGCGGGCGGUCCCAAAAAAGGAGGGAUUUGUCAAAUUGACUGUGUGUCGCUUUUAAAAGUGCUCCCCCUCUGGUCAACAUAUGAAAUAACAAGUGUGUGUAGAAAUAGAAAUGCGCCCCCUUUGGCCAAAAUUAAUUACAAAAAAAAAAUGUAAUGAUGUAUAUAGAGACAUUCUGUAAUAACGAAGUAAAUAAUGAAGAUUAAAAAACAAUGACAAAAAAUAGAAAUAAAAUGUUAAUAUUGUAAAUACAAAUCUUUAUAUAUCUAGAAAGGGUGGUCCUAAAGAGAGGCAUUUUUCGGUGGUCUCAAGAAGGUCAGAAAUACAAUUUUGUGUGUGUGUGUGUGUGCGUAUGUGUGCGUGUGUGUUCUUGUAUUCAUACCCUUCUUGAGACACCAAGAAGGAAAAGUAUCUUCCAUAUGAGGAGGUGUCCCAAUAAGAUUGCAUCUAAUAGACAAUGUCUUAUUUGCACCACUGCCGGUCAAAAUGCGGGUGGUCUUAAAAAGGAGGGAUUUAUCAAAUUGACUGUGUGUCGCUUUUAAAAGUGCUCCCCCUCUGGUCAACAUAUGAAAUAACAAGUGUGUGUAAGAAAUAGAAAUGCGCCCCCUUUGGCCAAAAUUAAUUACAAAAAAAAAAUGUAAUGAUGUAUAUAGAGACAUUCUGUAAUAACGAAGUAAAUAAUGAAGAUUAAAAAACAAUGACAAAAAAUAGAAAUAAAAUAUUAUUAAUAUUGUAAAUACAAAUCUUUAUAUAUCUAGAAAGGGUGGUCCUAAAGAGAGGCAUUUUUCGGCGGUCUCAAGAAGGUCAGAAAUACAAUUUUGUGUGUGUGUGUGUGUGUGUGUGUGUGUCCGUUCAGACAGGAAGGAAAGGAUCGCCACACAGCACGGUCACGUGACCUCUCCAUCUGGUUACCACGGUUACGUCCAGGUGACGCGUGAAACACUUAAUAAGGAUCUCCGACACAGACAUUUGUUAACUCAACAUCUAAGCGAGCGAUUAUAAACUCCCGAGGGAGGGAAAUGGUAACACAAUUCUUCCACUUUUUGUAGUUCUUACGAAGCUAGCUAGCAUAGCAAAUAACAACUAUAGCACGUUUUUUUAAAUUUUUUUAUAGGUUUUCUUCCCGGCACAAAUGUUUCCAACAGUUUAAUGUGCCACAAAGCUGCUUUCACUGAAGUGAAAUGCUGAAUUCCAAGAUUAUUGUCCCGUUGGCUUUUGGUCUUUCUGUCACUGCGACACCAUUAGCAUGCUAACACGCUAAUUAGCUUUCACUGACUGAGCGGCGCCAAAUACCGUAUUUCCUUGAAUUGAUUUAAAACCUCUAUCCCCCUCCUGCGCUUACAAAGGCAUGCGGUAAAAGUAAGCAUGCGCUAAUUAUUUUAAAACCUCUUCUCACUCCGGCACUUACCAAAGGCAUGCAGUAAAAAUUUGAGUGUGAUGUAAGCUUGGACCUUAAAUCCUACUGAAUAGCUCUUAAUCUUCUUCCCUUUAUGCGAUUUCAGGCUACCGGUAUUGAAAUCAGCCUCCUCCAUUUUGAAAAUGAUGACAGCGGAAGUGUCACUUGUGACGGCACGAGUUUGACCCGGCAGUAAUUGAAGGCAGGCGCAUACUAUAUGCCCGGCGGCAAUUCAAGGAAAUACGGUAAAUGCGCACUUUGCGAAAUGUUCACUGUUCAAAACGGCCGGACAAAGACGUAGUUUCAUCAAGUGCUUGCCAAAGUUCUAACGCGGCUUGUUCAGCUCAAUUCCGUUCCGGGAAGUUGCCGUGCAAGUUGGCGUCGUUUUAAUUCCAUUUGCCAAGCUAACGUCACAGAUGAUAAGUUUUUGUGUAUCAAACCCAAGACAAUCCUCAAACUUGAUGUGGGGGGGGGGAAAGCCGUUGAUAAGCUAAUUGCUAAGCUAAAGUUGGACAAUCUUCGUUUGAGAAGGUGCUUUUUUUUUAGUGAACUGGACUGACUUGGAGGACUUUCUGUGUUUUCACGAGAAGAUCGAAAGCUCUUGUUGUAUAAUUUGCUGCUGGGGAUCAGUUUGCACUUUGUUAGCAUGAAGUGUGUGAUUAGCUUCAGGCUAGUCUUUACUCCACAUGUUUUAUAAUUCCAGUGUUUCGAUUCCAAGCUUGUUUGUAGAAAAGUUAUUUUGUUUGUGUAUAUACAAUAUAAUAUAUAUAUAUAUAAAGCGGAAUGUAAAAAGAUGGCUCGGAAAUGAUAUAGAAUUGCUUACGUUUAGGAGUUAUUUUAAUAGAACUCAAAUCACUUCCUCUUUGUUUAACUUUUAUAGUUCUUAAUCAGGAGGAACAACAUUGAAUACUUUGAAUAAUUCUCUUUCACUAGCAAAUAAACUCAGUCCUGUUUCUGUUA